CAGUGACAACGCAGAUAAAGCUAAUUUAAAAGGAAGUGAAAGAGAUAUUUUUCUGUUAUACUGGGACACGGUCGUCAUAUAAGAAACAGCAAUUAACGCCAAGGUUAACCAUGCCCUCAGUGCCCCCCAGCAAGGAGUCCAGCAGUCUCCCCGAUGCCUGCCCCUGUGCCCCCAAGGAGCUCAAUGGGGGAGACGGCAGUGAGGAGAUUGCUAGUGAAAUCUUCUGGAUUCGUCCUGACCUGCCCAGCAAGUGUACAUGGCAGUUGGGUGUGUCACACACAGAGUCCCCACACUCCCAUCCUGAAAGGACAAAAGCACCUAAAAUCCUACCCAAUAUCCUGAAACAAAUUGGGGACACCCCUAUGGUCCGCAUCAACAGCAUCACCAAAGCAUAUGGACUCAAAUGUGAAUUAUUGGCCAAAUGUGAGUUCUUCAAUGCCGGUGGUAGUGUGAAGGACAGAAUCAGCCUGCGGAUGGUGGAAGAUGCAGAAAGGGCAGGAAUACUCAAACCUGGGGACACAAUCAUCGAGCCCACAUCUGGCAACACUGGCAUUGGCCUGGCCCUUGCUGCCGCUGUCAGAGGUUACCGUUGCAUCAUUGUUAUGCCGGAGAAGAUGAGCAUGGAGAAGGUGGAUGUGCUAAGGGCCUUAGGGGCCGAGAUCGUGCGCACCCCUACCAGCGCCCGCUUUGACUCCCCAGAAUCCCACGUCGGUGUGGCUUGGAGGCUGAAGAACGAGAUGCCAAAUUCUCACAUCCUGGAUCAGUACCGCAAUCCCAGCAACCCACUGGCACACUAUGACACCACAGCUGAGGAGAUCCUGGAGCAGUGUGAUGGUAAAGUGGAUAUGCUGGUGGCGGGAGCUGGGACAGGGGGUACUAUCACAGGGAUUGCCCGGAAGCUCAAGGAGAGAUGCCCAAAUGUUAAGAUUGUUGGUGUGGACCCUGAGGGUUCCAUUCUUGGAGAACCAGAGGAGCUCAACAGGUCGGACACCACCAGUUAUGAGGUGGAGGGCAUUGGGUAUGACUUCAUCCCCACUGUGCUGGAUAGAUCUGUUGUGGACACCUGGUACAAGUCCAAUGAUGAAGAGUCCUUUUCCAUGUCCCGCAUGCUUAUCAAAGAGGAGGGACUGCUGUGUGGUGGAAGUUCAGGCAGUGCUAUGGCUAUAGCAGUGAAGGCCGCCAAGGAGCUGAAGGAGGGACAGCGCUGUGUGGUCAUUCUUCCUGAUUCCAUACGCAACUACAUGUCCAAAUUCCUUAGUGACAAGUGGAUGUGCCAGAAGGGUUUUCUUCGGGAGGAGGACAUCAUGGUGUCCAAACCCUGGUGGUGGAACCAGAAGAUCCAGUGCCUGAACCUCUCGGCUCCCUUGACUGUUCUGCCCACGGUCAGCUGCCAAAAGACCAUCCACAUCCUGAAGGAGAAGGCCUUUGAUCAGGCCCCUGUUGUGGAUGAAUCCGGACUCAUCCUGGGCAUGGUGACUUUGGGGAAUAUGCUGUCUUCUGUACUAGCAGGCAAAGUGAAGCCCUCAGACCCUGUCAGCAAGGUGCUUUACAAGCAAUUCAAACAAAUUCACCUCACUGACAACCUUGGAAAGCUAUCCAGCAUUCUGGAGACAGAUCACUUUGCUCUGGUGGUCCACGAGCAGAUCCAAUACAUGGCGGAUGGCUCGCCUUGCCUGAGACAGAUGGUGUUUGGUGUGGUGACUGCCAUUGACCUGCUGAACUUCGUCACAAGCAAGGAGAGGCGUGAGCAUUCAGUGUCUGAAUGCACCGACGAGCUGUAGGGGGUGCUCUGGUCUGGAUAUCAAAGCUGCUCCAUGAUGAUGAUGAUGAUGAUGAUGAUGAUGAUGAUGAUGAUGAUGAUGAUUCUUUGUUUUGUAGAAGUCAGGUUGUAUAGGGUGUUAUAUUUUACUCUUUGGGGGGGGAGGGUCAUUUUGGCUACCUCUGUACUUUUUUGGUAGAAUGCUGAUUCACUGACAUAUUCCAGAGAUGACAACUUUGUGUGACCAAGGAAAUGUAACAAGUUUGUGUUGGCAGAAAUUGUGUAAUGUCUUGCAUACAAUUGAAGCAUCUUGUUUACCAAAAACUCAGUGAUUUAUUUAGAGGCUUAUCUACC